CAUCUAGACACGCACGGUGGCACAGAACCGUAAACAAACACUGCCCUAAACCACUAAUGCAAUGGAGCUCCUUCUGCUCCUUGCCGUUGUUCUCUUGGGCUUCUUCGCCUCGAUCCGUCGUCGCAGCUACAGCGCUAGCCGGCGUGCCCCUGCUCCUCCAGCUCCGCCGGCCGUCCAUAGGGUCCGCGACCCUGACGUCGCGCACCGCGCACUCGUCGAGGACGCCGACGGCUUCUCGACCCGCCCGGUCAUGCCCUUCUUCGUGAAUCUGGCCAAAAUGCGCGGUGGCCGACGCAACGAGAACAUAAGCACCGUGCCCCACGGCCCGCACUGGCGUGCUCUUCGCUGCAAUAUCACCGCCGAGACCCUCCACCCGUCGCGCCUUGGGCUUGGGUACCUCGAGCCGCUGCAGCGGGAGGCCAUCCAGGACCUCGUCGCUGCCCUGCAGCCCGCCGGCGCCGUGCAUGCUGCAGGGGAGCAACUAAUACGAGACCACAUCCGGUCCGCCGUCUUCCGGGUCAUCGCGCGGCUCUGCUUCGGGGACAGCGUCGACGAGUGCCACGUGCGUGACAUCUGCUGCCAGGUACAUGGCAUGCAGGUUGCCAUUGGAGAGAUCAAGCCCUCGCCUCGCUCCUCCAUGCUAGCCAAGCUCGCCCACUGGAGGCGUCAGCGCCGACUCUUGGCCUUUCAAGGCCGGGUCAACGACCUGUGCCUCCCUCUCAUCGGGGCACGGCGGCGACGGCCACGCGAGGACGGCGGACUUCGACCGUACAUCGACACACUCAUCGACCUACGUGUCCCGGAAGGGGACACGGAGCACGAUGGCCGGCGCGCUCUCAGGGACGACGAGAUGGUGGACCUCGUGCUGGAGUUCUUCGGCGCCGGCACAGGUUCGGUGACGGUCUGCCUCGAGUGGACUCUCGCUCACCUCGUAGCCCAGCCGGACGUCCAGGAAAAGCUACGUCGUGAGGUCGACGGCGACGCCCCCAGCCGGAGCCAGCUCAUGCGUGGCAUGCCGUACCUGCACGCCGUGAUUCUCGAGAGCCUCCGCAUGCACCCCCCGACGCCGAUGGCCCUGCGCCACGUCCAGGCCGAUGCCGCCGCGGGGGUGCUCGUCGGCGCGCCGGCCAACACCGACCUGAUUGUGCUCUUCAUGCUGGGGGACAUGGGGAGGGAUAGCAAGAAAUGGAAGGACCCCAACGAGUUCCGGCCGGAGCGGUUCCUUCCCGGAGGCGAGGCGGAGAGCGUCGGCCCUUUGCCGAGGCGCAAGGAGACGUCGAGGAUGAUGCCGUUCGGCGCGGGGCACAGGUUCUGCCCGGGCGUGGGCCUGGCGAUGCUUAUGCUCAAGUGUUUCUUGGCUGCGCUCGUGCGUGAGUUCCACUGGGCGGCGCCGACGGACGCCGUCAUCGACCUCACAGAGCUGGACGGCUUCUUGAAGACGAUGAAGAAGCCACUCUCCGCGAGACUCACUCGACGCACUUAAUCAUCCUUCUCAGAUCUUACUCCAAUAAUUAGUUGGCCUGCAUGCAUGUGAUAUCUACUGUGUGUAAUAACUGCAAGGCCUCCAAAAGUUGUUGCAUCAUUUUCCACAACACUUUUACUCACAUCAUUAGCGCUUUGUUGUUCGUUCUCAUUUCGGAUCUCUGCACAUAUGUCCGAAGUUACUGA